AUUGUCCCUGAGAUUUUUUUUUAACUUUAUUUUGGUGAUUUUUUUUUAAUUGAAGUGUAAUUGACUUAAAAUAAUAUAUUAGUUUCAGGUGUACAACAUAGUGAUUCAGUUUUCUUACACAUUGCAAAAUGAUCACCGUGGUUCCUGAGAUUAUUUAUUUUAUGUGCGGUGAUUUUAAAGAUACACUAUAUUAGGAAAAAUAAGCAACAUUCAGAAAUCUAGAUGCCACAUAUCCAUGUAAAUACUGCUCAUUUUUCUGGUGAAACUUACGGUUUUUGAACGACGUUAAUGCCUGAGGCUACUUUAUCGUCAUUAAAUGGAUUGCUGCUCCCCACCACCUUUCUGGCUUGUUAUCAUCAACAGUUGUUUUUUUAAUUUUUGCAGACUACACAGAUUUCUGGCUUGUACUGUAUCCUAUGUUAUAUAUAAAAAACAGUUCAAUUUUUGAGGUUCUUUAAAGUUUUGUAUAUUAAAAUUACUCUUCUCUAGAUCUUUCUGAUGAUCCAGAUCUAGGAAUGUCUAUCCAAAACUUGCCAGACGUGUGUUCAGUUAAUACUCUCACCAAAUCAGUAUACUUUGCAGUCAUUCUUCCGGCUCAGCCUAACGUUUUCCCUACUAGCUGGCUAGUAGGAUUGACAAUAAUAACCUUCCACAUCUCUGGCCUAGUAGUUGAGGUGCUCAUCCUCACUCAUAACCUUACUUUAUUAAAAUGAGCUUUGUAAUCAGGAAUACUCUGCGAUGUAACUCAAAUCCUAGGGGAUAAAGUGGAUUGGGUUGGUUUGGGUUUAGGCAAGUUAGGCAAGUAACGGUGAAACAUAAACGGGACACGUAUCGGCCAUGUGCAGUAUUUAAGGAGGAAAAUCAACUAAGAAAUAGUGUUCAUAUGAAGUGAUUAUUUGUGAAUACUUGUUUAGUUCAAUAUAUUUUUAAUAUCUUUGUCAACUUUGUAGUAUGUCUGCAAGCAUCCUCAUUUUUUAAUUAUUCUUGAUAAGAAUGAUGUACUCAAGAAAGAGUAUUAACACUGAAAAUAGCUGUAUGCUCUGCACUCUUAAACUGCUGAUGUAACUGCUGCAGGUUGCCAUGAAGUUAGCAAAACAUUGUUACAUCUGAAGCAGCAAUGUCAUCACAAUUAGACCAGUAGGAUAGUGACGUUCUGGAUGAGAAUUCCUGUCACUACUGGCAGUGAUGGCUUCAGGCAAAGACACUUGUCCUAUUCUACCUAAACUUACCAACAACUAUUCUGAUGCGAAUUCACAUAAGCCUGCUAACAAGUGUGAUGAGAUUCAUUUGCCUCGGUUUUCAUUAAAGCAAGGGAUGAUCCCAAGACGUUACGUAAUGCCUUGGAAAGAAAACAUAAAAUUCAGGAGUGUGAACCUGAAGCAUGCAGAAGCAUGUGGGAUCCACGCCGGCCCUUUGGAAGACUCUCUGUUUCUGAAUCACAGUGAAAGGCUUUGCCAUGGGGAAGAUCGUAAAGUUGUCUUGAGGAAAGUCCCACCAGAAAUAAAAAUUGCAGAUAUGCCUCUGCAUUCACCUCUCUCCAGGUACCAGAGCACUGUGAUCUCCCAUGGCUUCAGAAGGCGACUGGUCUGAUGAAAGGAGAAUAAAGUGAUAAAGUA